AUGACUGUUGAAACUGAAAAUAAAAUUCGAAUUGCCAUUGACAGAGGCGGUACGUUUACCGAUUGUAUCGGUAAUCCGGGAACCGGAAAGCAAGAGGAUGAUGUUGUCAUCAAGCUUCUCUCGGUUGAUCCUAAGAACUAUCCGGAUGCACCACUCGAAGGCAUACGUCGGUUAUUGGAAGUCUUUAGAGGCCGCCAAUUACCCCGUGGUAUACCACUCGAUAUAUCUGAUGUUGGAAGCAUCAGAAUGGGAACCACCCUGGCUACUAAUUGCGCUUUAGAAAGGAAUGGUGAGCUAUGUGCAUUUGUCACCACUAAAGGAUUCAAGGAUAUACUAUUGAUUGGCGAUCAAUCUAGACCAAAAAUAUUCGAAUUGAACAUAAAGAAGCCGGCUCCACUAUACAAAAUGGCCCUUGAGAUUGACGAAAGGGUUACUUUGGAGGAUUUUUCUGAAGAUCCUGAUAAACGCAGAUCAACGCAUAAUGAUGAGGACAAUACAGUAUUGGGGAAUAGUGGCGAAGUUGUUCGUAUUCUAAAAACGCCUGAUGUGGCAAGCAUUGAAAGCUCGCUUAAACUCAUUUAUGAUAGUGGCAUCAGGUCAAUCGCCGUCGCCUUUCUACAUGCUUAUACUUAUCCUGCGCAUGAACAAUUGGUGGGAAAUAUUGCCCGAAAAAUUGGCUUCAAACAUAUCUCUCUAUCAUCUGAAGUUUCGCCAAUGAUUAAGUAUCUGCCAAGAGCUCAUAGUUCGGUGGCCGAUGCCUAUUUGACGCCUGUGAUUAGAAAAUAUCUAAAUAGUAUUGAAUCUGGAUUGACUAAUUCGACUAACACAAGUAUACAAUUUAUGCAGUCGGAUGGUGGUUUAGUUGAUGGGCACAGAUUUUCGGGUUUAAAGUCAAUACUGUCUGGUCCAGCCGGCGGUGUAGUAGGUUACUCCAGCACUUGUUAUGACAAAGAAAAUUCAAUUCCUUUGAUUGGAUUCGAUAUGGGCGGUACAUCCACCGAUGUUAGUAGAUUCGGAGAUGGAAAGCUGGAGCAUGUUUUUGAAACCACAACCGCCGGUAUUGUCAUUCAAUCACCCCAAUUAAAUAUUAGCACAGUAGCCGCGGGUGGUAGUUCUAGACUUUUCUGGGAAAACGGUCUCUUCAGAGUUGGACCAGAAUCUGCCACAGCAGAUCCAGGUCCAGCUGCCUAUCGAAAAGGUGGGCCAUUAACCAUUACAGAUGCCAAUCUGUUUUUGGGUCGUUUAAUCCCCGAAUUUUUUCCAAAAAUAUUUGGGCCUAAUGAGGAUGAAUCCCUAGAUCUGGAUAUAACCACUAAGAAAUUUCACCAACUCACUGACAGUAUCAAUCAAGAAUUGGGUACUUCUAUGACACCUGAUGAGGUUGCUGAUGGCUUUUUGAAAGUCGCCAAUGAAUCAAUGGCAAGGCCAAUCAGGGCUAUUACUGAAGCGAAGGGGCAUGUAGUCUCUAAACAUAGACUGGUGACAUUCGGAGGUGCUGGUGGUCAACACGCGGUAGCGGUGGCUGCGUCUUUAGGAAUCGAUGUUGUUCUAGCGCACAGGUACUCCUCCAUCCUUUCCGCUUAUGGUAUAUUUCUUGCUGAUGUCGUUGAGGAGGCUCAAGAACCCUGUUUCUUUACACUAGAAGAUCCGAUAAGUUCGAAGAAGGUGCGAGGUAGAUUAAAUGAAUUGAGCGAAAGUUGCAAAGCAUCUUUGGCGUCUCAAGGAUUUCCUUACUCUAAUAUUUUGUUUGAAAGAUAUUUGAAUUUGAGGUAUGAGGGUACAGAAACAAGUUUGAUGACAUUGCAAGUUGGUGAUAAAUGGGACUUUGAACAGUGGUUCACAGAAGCUCAUAAACGGGAAUUUGGAUUCUCUUUCACCGAUCGCAAGAUUAUUGUUGAUGAUAUUAGGGUGAGAGCCACCGGAAAAUCGAACGUUAGAGAAGAAGAGUCAGUUGAUACACAGUUGAAAAGUUACAAACUUCGUAAUGUCUCCGCUGAAGAUGAAGCCAGUUUUUUCAAAGAUAUAUACUUUGAAGGCAAGCGUGUGAAAACACCAGUUUUUAGGAUAGAUGACAUCUCAUAUGGCAGCAUAAUAAACGGACCAGCAAUCCUGGCUGACGGAACUCAGACAAAUGUUAUCCCAGCAAACUCUGAGGCAAUUGUGUUAAAGUCUCAUAUCUACAUUAAGUUGCUCAACAAAUCGAAGGAUAUUGCAAAUGAAGAAUCAAUCGAUUAUGUCGAUCCAGUUAUGCUGUCUAUCUUCAGUCAUAGAUUUAUGGAUAUUGCAGAGCAGAUGGGCACUCAAUUAACGAAAACAUCAGUGUCCACCAAUGUAAAAGAGAGACUUGACUUUUCGUGUGCUUUAUUCGAUCCAGAGGGUAACUUGGUUGCUAACGCCCCUCAUUUGCCGGUGCACUUAGGAUCUAUGUCUACUUGCAUCGCUGCACAGGCUCGCUUGUGGAAAAAUAAACUAAAACCUGGUGAUGUUCUUGUUACAAAUCACCCGGAAAUUGGUGGCACUCAUUUACCCGAUAUCACUGUUAUAUCCCCAUCAUUUUCAGAAAGUACAGGUGAGCUAAUUUUCUUUGUUGCAUCAAGGGCACAUCACGCAGAUAUUGGCGGUAUCCUUCCCGGUUCCAUUCCCCCCAACUCCACACAACUGUACGAAGAGGGAGCAGCAAUAUAUUCGGAGUUCAUAGUGAAAGAGGGUGAAUUUCAAGAAGACAGAAUCACCGAGUUACUGCUAGUAGAGCCGGCUAAACACCCAGGAUGUUCUGGAUCAAGAAGAUUAAGUGACAACAUAAGUGAUUUAAAGGCGCAGAUCGCAGCAAACAAUAAAGGAAUCCAACUGAUUGCCAGCCUAAUGGAGGAAAAUGGCCUCGAAAAAAUCGUCAAGUAUAUGAAGGCCAUCCAAGAUAAUGCAAGCGAGACCAUUAAAAAAAUGUUGAAGCAGCUCACCUUGCACUUUGGUGCUACAAGCUUCAGUGGUGAAGAUUAUCUAGAUGAUGGUACUACAAUCAAACUUAAUGUCUCUCUAAAUAUUGAAAAGGAGGAAUAUGUAUUCGAUUUUGAAGGAACGUCGCCCCAAGUUUAUGGUAACUUAAAUGCGCCAGAGGCAAUAACUAAUUCUGCCAUAUUGUAUGUUCUAAGAUGUUUAGUCAAUGAAGACAUUCCUCUAAACCAAGGCUGUUUGAAACCUAUUACGAUAAAGAUACCAAAGGGGUCAAUUUUAAGUCCUAUUGACGGUAUCGCUGUGGUUGGUGGAAACGUUCUAACUUCGCAAAGAGUCACGGAUGUUGUAUUGAAAACAUUCAAUGUGAUGGCUGAUUCCCAAGGUGAUUGCAAUAAUUUAACUUUUGGAAUUGGUGGUAGCGAUCCUAUAACUGGUAAAGUCAUCCCUGGAUUUGGCUACUACGAAACAAUAUGUGGUGGACAUGGUGCUGGAGCGGAUUCCUGGAGAGGUAAAGGCUGGGACGGAACUAGUGCAGUUCACACUAACAUGACAAACACCAGAAUGACUGAUACGGAGAUUUUUGAAAGAAGAUAUCCUGUAAUUUUGAGAGAGUUUUCUAUUAGAAAGAAUUCCGGUGGUCGCGGAAAAUACACAGGUGGCGAUGGUGCAAUCAGAGAUAUCGAGUUUCGUCAACCUGUAGAAGUUUCCAUUCUAUCGGAAAGAAGAGCAAUCGCUCCGCAUGGUGUGCAAGGAGGUGAAGAUGGUACCAGAGGUCUAAAUCUCUGGUACCAAGGAGGGAGUAAAAACGUGAUUAACAUUGGAGGAAAAAAUUCUGUACAUGUGAAGACCGGUGAUCGUGUCGUUGUGAUGACUCCGGGUGGGGGAGGUUGUGGGAGGACAACUUGA